CUUCAAUAGGUGUACAGAAGACUUAACUGACACACAUACCACACUGCAGUCAUAUUUGUCAGUUUGUCAUUAUGGAGAACAGAGAGAGCAGUGAGAGAUCUUCAUCUCCUGAUCACAGCUGUGUGUCUCUGAAGAGUGACAAGUCCAGGACUCCUCCUCCUUUUAAUUUCAGUGAUGAUCCAGUGACCUCUGACUUCAGAGUGUUUAAAGAUGGUCAGGCUGGAGACCUGCAGCAGGAUUCUCCUCAAGCAGUAAAUGAUGAACUACAAAGAGUCAAAGACCAGCACAAAACCAGCAUGAAGAACAAGUAUGAGAGACUAUUUGAGGGACUGAAUCUCCAGGAGAAUGAAACCCUCCUGAACAGGAUCUACACACAGCUCUACAUCAUAGAGGGAGAGAGUGAAGGAGUGAAUGAAGAACAUGAGGUUUUACAGAUGGAGAAAACAGCCAGAACAAAACACUCACCAGACACUCCAACCGACUGCAAUGACAUCUUUAAAUCCUCACCUGAACCAGGAUAUAAAAAAAAGAAGAAGAAAUACCAAAUCAAGACUGUUCUUACUAAAGGCAUCGCUGGAAUCGGAAAAACCGUCUCUGUGCAGAAGUUCAUUCUGGACUGGGCUGAAGGAAAAGACAAUCAGGAUGUAGAUUUCAUGUUUGUGCUUCCAUUUCGAGAGCUGAUCCGAGAUCAUCAGUACAGUCUUCACAGACUUCUGCUGGACUUUCAUCCUGAACUUCAAGAUCUGGACUCAAAGAUUUAUGAAGAGUGUAAAGUUGUGUUCAUCUUUGAUGGUCUGGAUGAAAGUAGAAUCACUCUGAUGUUUUCAGAUGAUCAGAAAGUUUGUGAUGUGACUGAGACUUCAUCAGUGGGUGUGUUGAUGUCAAACCUCAUGAAAGGAGAGCUGCUUCCCUCCGCUCUCAUCUGGAUCACCUCCAGACCAGCAGCAGCCAAUCAGAUCCCCUCCAAAUACAUCAACCGUCUGACAGAAAUUCAGGGAUUCCCUGAGUCUCAGAAGGAGGAAUAUUUCAGGAAGAGAAUCAGUGACCAGGAUCAAGCCAGCAGAAUCAUCUCACACAUCAGAAGAGCAAGAAGCCUCCACAUCAUGUGCCGCAUCCCUGUCUUCUGCUGGAUCUCAUCCACUGUGAUUCAGAAGCUCCUGGAAGAAGAUGUGAGUGCAGAAAUCCCUCAAACUCUGACUGAAAUGUACAUCCACUUCCUGCUGAUUCAGAUCAACAUGAGGAAUCAGAAGUAUGAAGAGAGAGAUCCAGAGAAACUCCUGCAGUCCAACAGAGAAGUGAUUGUGAAACUUGCUGAAGUGGCUUUCAAACAGCUGAUGAAGGGCAAUGUGAUGUUCUAUGAGAAGGACCUGAUUGAGAGCGGCAUAGACGUCACUGAUGCCUCAGUGUAUUCUGGGAUUUGCACUGAGAUCUUUAAGGAGGAAUCUGUGAUUCAUCAGAGGAAAGUCUACAGUUUUAUCCAUCUAAGCUUUCAGGAGUUUCUUGCUGCUUUCCAUGUGUUUUACAACCACAUUAGCAGCACUACAGAUGCAUGUUUUGAUUCACUGCAUAAUUUGUAUAAAAGAGUAAUUAAUAAAGCACUCCAGAGUGAGAAUGGACGUCUGGAUCUGUUCCUGCGGUUCCUGCUGGGCGUCUCACUGGAGUCCAAUCAGAGACUCUUACAGGAUCUACUGACACACACAGUGAACAGCUUAGAGAACAUCAGAGAAACCACACAGCACAUUAAAUACAAGAUUAAGAGUCUUGAUGAUAAUGAAGGACUGUAUGUAGAUGAAAUUAAUGACAGACACAAACAACUUAAAAUGCAUCUCUCAGCUGAUAAAUCCAUCAAUCUGUUCCUCUGUCUGCUGGAAGUGAAAGAUCAGACUCUGUCCAGAGAGAUUCAGGAGUUUGUGAAAUCAGACAAACACUCAGAGAAGAAACUCUCUCCUGCUCACUGCUCAACAAUCGCUUACAUGCUUCAGAUGUCAGAGAAAGUGCUGGAUGAGCUGGACCUCAAGAAAUACAACACAUCAGAUGAGGGGAGAAGAAGACUGAUACCAGCUGUGAUCAACUGCAGAAAAGCUCUUUUUUCUGGCUGUAAUCUUAAUGAACAGUGUUGUGAGAGUUUGUCAUCAGCUCUACAAUCCCCAAACUGUGUCCUGAGAGAGCUGGAUCUGAGUGACAGUGGCUGAGUGAUAAUGGACUGA